ACACCAUCACCCUCGAGCCACCCUCAAGCCACCCUCGCCACCGUGGUACAGAGUUACCACGCUGUCGCUGAAGAACUAGCCAAGCUUCCAAACGCACCUGCGCUGGCGGAAGGCAAUGUUAUCCAACAUUCCAUGGCACAGCUCACCACUCAGAUCCAGCAGCUCACCGCUCAAAUCCACGAGGGUUUUCACCAAAUCAACGCUCAGAGAAACCACAGAAUUAACCACAUCGGCAACAAAAUUGACACUCUCGCUACUCGAGACCAUAACAGUAUGGCACGAGUCCAAAACUCCCGUCUCUUAAUGUCCAGACAGCGACUUGCACACGUGAAUCCAACCACAAAUACCUCUACCCAAGGGUUUCGUGCGAGGCUUCCAGAUAUUUCGAGUAUCGAGGAGUAGAUGUUCAUUUCUGUCUUACAGGACUUGGGAUUGUCUACAAAUGGAGGAAGAGACGCGAAAGAGGAACGGUUUAGGCAGUACAUCGGGCUUCUAUCUGAACCACAAGGUGCAUGA